GACAUUCAAGUGGUACACCACCCUCCCGUCGCAUUUGCUACCUGGCGACAACAUCCUGAUGGCACUGGCGUCGACCGCCGUCAACCUUCGCGAGUACAGCUUGCCGAUCCAGUGUUUGGACGCGUUGAAGAUUCUCAAGAGAAUUCCAGCAGCGAGCCUCUGUGUGUACAAUCUGCAGGACGAGCCCCGGGAACCGGCGUCCGAUUGGUCUCUGACGCAGCUUGCCGCACCGAGCCGGGCGAUUUGGGAAUGCCCGAUCCGCAUCCUGCAGGAUUUGACACAUCUGACCAUUGACAACGGUGGUCAUCUCGGCAACAUCACGCUCCUCUUCCACCACUGCGCCCAGCUCCAGGCUCUGCACAUUGUCCUCCGCCCUGACUCGCCCAUGGACCUCUAUGCCGCUUUAGAGGCACAUCCCUCUGCGCUCCCGCAUCUCACGCACCUCAAGCUUCAGUUGACGCGUCCCGCCGUCAUCACCACGGAGCGUGAGGCGUUGGCGGGCUUCAUUCGGACGAAGAAGAGACUGCGGUGUCUGGAUUACAGUGACGCGAGCACCACUGUCGAGCUAGCUCCUGUCCUGACGGCCAUCCGGUCGCUAUCGAGCCUGGAGGUUCUAGGGCUUGAUCUUUGUCUCGAAGAUGUCGGGCGGGGACAAUGUGAUUCGCUGAGAGACGCAAUGCCCGACGGAUUAAGGGCCCUACGUCUCUGGCUUGAAUACAUGGACCUGGUCCCGGAGGAUAACGAAUGGGAUGACUGGUAUUGGGCAACCCUUCCGAAGCUGGCCUUUGCACACGUUGAUGAUGACGGGAGCCUGCCGAUGGUAGACUGGCCCGACAUCGCGGUGCCAACAAAUACGUUCGAGCUCGGCGAACCUUGGCCUUCCACUAAGGUCCUGUUUCGAACGGCCGAGGAUUUUGGGUGUGAAGACUGGGAGUGGCUGAUGCGGGGCCAUGCGCAAGUGGACGAGUUCGAUUAUUGAUCGUGGACCAUGCCUGUGCAGAGUUCAUGGAUCAGAGGCCG